AUGUUUCUUGUUGUGCUUGGACUGGCGCAACCAUAUCAAGCACCCUACCGGGACCAAGGGCCACCCCAACCGAAAAACUUAUCCGUCCAGACCCACCACAAGAUAGGAGCAGGGGAAAGCGCAAGCUGCAAAAUAAGCCCCGACCACCACGAGGGCGGCAAUCGGAGCCCGCCACCAAGCCCGGCCUUCACACCGUCCGAAAUCCCAGCAACCAUAGUGCCAGUCGGAGCCAAGGAAGCAGAGCCUCGUCGGUGGAGUGGUGCAGCUGCGGUCAAAGGAAAGAGGGUUUACUGUUUUAACGAUGUGGGGAUAAAGUUUCAGAGAGAAAAUUUUGACUUGAAAAAAUUUUUGAGUCGAAGUCCAUAUUGCACAUUGGAACUGGAUCUAUGA